ACUGCACUGCUGAAGAGGAGGAGUACGAGUGAGCACGCUCAGACUCUGCAGGACCAUUGAGGAACACAGCAGUAGCUACAGCAGCGCUCGUGUUGGCACGCGUCAGGUAAAAGUCCCAGCACCGUAAGAUCUGGACAGGCUAACACCACCCAGACCCCCUCCGGCACCAUGGCUCAAGCAGCCAAACACCUCCGCAAGAACAAGGAUUUAGAAGCCCAGGCUGAACAGGAGCGCAAAGAGAAAGAAGAAGAAAAGGUCAAGAAGAGGAGCCGCUCGCGGGAUAAAAAGCGCAAGGCCCACGCCGUGCAUCGCUGGCUAAUCGAUCAGGACAGUAGUGUGAGCUCUGAGAUGCCGGAUGGCCAAGGAGUAUGGCUCUAUGAUGAUGAAGCAGAUGCUGGCAACAGUUUUCUCAGAGCGGCCCGUUCCGGCAACUUGGACAAGGCUCUUGAACACCUUAAGAAUGGCCUUGAUAUAAAUACAGCCAAUCAGAAUGGGCUCAACGGGCUGCAUCUGGCCUCGAAAGAAGGCCAUGUCAAAAUGGUGCUGGAGUUACUUCACAACGGAAUUGUACUGGAGACCACCACAAAGAAAGGAAACACGGCCCUGCACAUUGCGGCCCUGGCGGGCCAAGAGCAGGUGGUCACGGAGCUGGUUAACUACGGGGCCAACGUCAACGCUCAAUCCCAGAAGGGUUUCACUCCACUCUACAUGGCUGCACAAGAAAACCAUCUAGAGGUUGUGAAGUUUCUUCUGGAGAAUGGGGCUAAUCAGAGCGUCCCAACCGAGGACGGAUUCACCCCUCUGGCUGUGGCUCUGCAGCAAGGCCAUGAGAAUAUUGUUGCCCUGCUCAUCAACUAUGGCACCAAGGGGAAGGUCCGCCUCCCCGCGUUGCACAUUGCAGCGCGCAAUGACGAUACACGCACGGCUGCGGUGCUUCUGCAGAACGACCCGAACCCUGACGUGCUCAGCAAGACUGGAUUCACACCACUCCACAUUGCUGCACACUAUGAAAACUUAAACGUGGCUCAACUUCUUCUCAACAGAGGAGCCAAUGUCAAUUUCACCCCAAAGAACGGCAUCACACCCCUUCACAUCGCAUCCAGACGAGGGAAUGUGAUCAUGGUCCGACUCCUGCUGGAUAGAGGAGCACAAAUAGAUGCCAAGACCAAGGAUGAGCUCACUCCUCUGCACUGUGCAGCCAGAAACGGUCAUGUCAGGAUCAUAGAGAUUCUUCUGGACAAUGGAGCCCCAAUCCAGGCAAAGACCAAGAAUGGCCUGUCCCCAAUCCACAUGGCGGCACAGGGGGACCACAUGGACUGUGUCAAGCAGCUACUUCAGUAUAACGCAGACAUUGAUGACAUCACGCUGGAUCACCUGACACCUCUGCAUGUGGCUGCACACUGCGGACACCACAGAAUGGCCAAAGUUCUGCUGGACAAGGGGGCCAAACCCAACUCGCGGGCACUGAAUGGCUUUACUCCGUUGCAUAUUGCUUGUAAAAAGAACCACAUGCGUGUGAUAGAUCUUCUACUCAAACAUGGAGCAUCAUUAGAGGCGGUGACUGAGUCCGGCUUGACGCCCUUGCACGUGGCAUCUUUCAUGGGUCACCUCAACAUCGUGAAGAUCCUGCUGCAGAAAGGAGCUUCACCAAGCGCGUCCAAUGUGAAAGUGGAGACCCCUCUCCAUAUGGCAUCUCGGGCAGGACACUUUACAGUGGCAGAAUUUUUACUACAGAAUGCAGCACCAGUGGAUGCCAAGGCCAAGGAUGACCAAACACCGCUGCAUUGUGCUUCACGAAUGGGCCACAAAGACAUUGUGAAGCUGCUGUUGGAGCACAAAGCCAAACCAAACUCCACAACAACAGCAGGACACACUCCUCUUCACAUCGCUGCCCGGGAGGGUCAUGUGCAAACCGUGCGCAUCCUGUUGGACAUGGAAGCGCAGCAAACUAAGAUGACUAAGAAAGGCUUUACUCCUCUUCACGUGGCUUCCAAGUAUGGCAAGGUGGAUGUUGCCGAGCUGUUGUUGGAGAGAGGAGCUAACCCAAAUGCUGCUGGAAAGAACGGUCUGACUCCACUGCAUGUGGCCGUGCAUCACAACAACCUGGAUGUUGUCAACCUGCUUGUCAGCAAAGGAGGGUCACCACACAGUGCAGCCCGGAACGGCUACACCGCCCUCCAUAUUGCAUCCAAGCAGAAUCAGAUGGAGGUGGCGAACAGCCUGUUGCAAUAUGGAGCUUCAGCCAAUGCUGAGUCUCUACAGGGAGUCACACCUCUCCACCUGGCCUCGCAGGAAGGAAGGCCCGAUAUGGUCUCUCUGCUUAUUUCCAAGCAGGCUAACGUCAACCUUGGCAACAAGAGUGGACUGACUCCGCUCCACCUUGUGGCACAGGAGGGACAUGUUGGCAUUGCUGACAUCUUGGUCAAGCAAGGAGCUUCAGUCUACGCUGCUACACGGAUGGGCUACACCCCUCUUCAUGUAGGGUGUCACUAUGGCAACAUCAAAAUGGUGAAGUUCCUGCUGCAGCAACAAGCCAAUGUCAACAGUAAAACACGGCUUGGUUACACUCCACUGCACCAGGCCGCCCAGCAGGGACACACAGACAUUGUCACUCUGCUACUGAAGCACGGAGCUCAGCCUAACGAGACCACCACAAACGGCACGUCAGCGCUCGCCAUUGCCAAGAGGCUUGGCUACAUCUCUGUGAUCGACGUUCUGAAGCUCGUGACUGAAGAGACGGUUUCCAUGACCACUACAGAGAAACACCGCAUGAGUUUCCCGGAAACAGUAGAUGAGAUACUGGAUGUGUCCGAGGAUGAAGGACUUGCACAGCUAACAUUAGGAGAGGAGCUCUUAGGGACAGAAGGGGCCAGGUACAUGAAGAUGGAUGACAUGAAAGACCAUGAUGACGAUUUCCUCUCCCCCAAGAAAUCCCUGGAGUACGAGAGAGGGCUGGGCACAGCAAAUUACUCACCAGCCAUUCCCAGGAUUCCACGGGUUUCUCCAGAGACCGUGAUCCUGAAAGAGCACGAGAUUGAUCAGCAGCACACUCCACUUCCACUGCCAAAAGAGUACGAUGAUGACUCGCUCAUCCCCAGCAGCCCGGCGACUGAGACAUCAGACAAUGUCAGCCCAGUCGCCAGUCCCAUACACACAGGGUUCCUGGUCAGUUUUAUGGUGGAUGCUCGUGGCGGCUCAAUGCGCGGCAGCAGACAUAACGGCCUGCGUGUCAUCAUACCUCCACGGACAUGUGCGGCCCCCACGCGCAUCACCUGCCGCCUGGUGAAGCCGCAGAAGCUAACUAACCCUCCUCCACUGGUGGAAGGAGAGGGUCUGGCCAGCAGAAUAAUCUCCCUCGGACCAGCUGGCAUGCAGUUUCUUGGCCCAGUGAUCGUGGAGAUCCCUCACUUUGCUGCUUUGGGUCGUGGUGACCGCGAGCUUGUGGUGCUGAGGAGUGAGAACGGAUCCGUGUGGAAAGAACACCGUAAUCGCUAUGGCGACGAGGUCCUGGAGACCAUCCUCAAUGGGAUGGAUGAAGACUUGGAGAGUCAGGAGGAACUCGGCAAGAAGCGAAUCCGCCGCAUCAUCACGACGGACUUCCCGCUCUAUUUCGCCGUCGUGUCGAGAGUCCAGCAAGAGAGCGACCUGAUUGGCCCCGAGGGGGGCUCAUUGACCAGCAAGCUGGUGCCCAUGGUUCAGGCCAGCUUUCCAGAGACGGCGGUCACCAAGCGAGUCCGCCUGGGGCUGCAGGCUCAGCCCGUUCCAGAUGAGCUGGUGGCCAAGCUGCUGGGUAACCAGGCCAACUUUAGUCCCGUGGUGACGGUGGAGCCUCGGCGGCGCAAGUUCCACCGACCCAUCGGCCUUCGCAUUCCCCUGCCGCCAUCUUGGAAGGAAAGCCCUCGAGACUCCGGGGAGGGCGACACCACCAGUCUGCGACUUCUUUGCUCUGUCAUAGGUGGAACAGCUGCAGCCCAGUGGGAGGACAUUACUGGUACCACCAAGCUAAUGUAUGCUAGCUCUUGUGCUAGCUUUACAACAAACGUGUCCGCACGCUUCUGGCUGGCAGACUGUCCCCGCACAGCAGAGUCGGUGUCCUUCGCCAACCUCCUCUACAAAGAGCUGUCCGCUGUACCUUACAUGGCAAAGUUUGUUGUUUUCGCAAAGAUGAACGAGCUGCGGGAAGGCCGACUACGCUGCUACUGCAUGACGGACGACAAGAUGGAUAAAACGCUGGAACAGCACGAGAACUUCACAGAGGUGGCCCGCAGCAGAGACAUUGAGGUAAUGGAGGGAAUGCCGCUUCACCUGGAAUGCUCAGGGAAUCUGGUGCCUGUGCGGAAGGCAGCCCAGCAGCCUCGCUGCUUCAGCUUCCAGGCCUUCAGAGAUAACAGACUUCCUGUCUCUGUUAAGGUGAGAGACAGCAGCAAAGAGCCCGCCGGCUUCCUGUCCUUCCUGCGUAAGACCACCAAGUAUGAAGACAGCCAACAUGUCCUGUGUAACCUCAACAUCACCAUGCCUCCGUGUAUCAAGAUUAUUGGAAGUGAAGACCGCAGGCGAACUCUGACCCCGUUGGCUUUGAGAGAACGAUACAGCGCCCUGAAUGAACCUGCCAUGGCUGCAAUGAGUGCGAUGGAGCGUACUGAACUUAAGAUGGCUGUCAUUGCAGAACAGUUGGGACUGAGCUGGGCUGAGUUGGCACGUGAGCUUCAGCUCAGCGUGGAUGACAUCAACAAGAUUCGCGUGGAGAAUCCAAAUUCUCUGCUGGAGCAGAGCUCUGCACUACUUAACCUGUGGGCGACACGCGAGGGCAAAAGAGCUAAAAUGGAGAGCUUGUACACGGCCCUGAAGAGCAUCGAUCGCAUGGACAUCAUCACCAUGUUGGAGGGCCAACCUGCACAGCCCACCAGACAAGGCUCUCGUGAUCUCACCAGACGACGACGCGAUGACAGGGACCACCUCUCUCCCGCCAUGACCAACGGUUAUGGGCUGGCGCCGGAUGAGCUUCUGUCCCCGGCCUCCAUGCAGUACAGCCUGCCCUCGCCGCUGGGCGCUGAGGCCUACUGGCAGGAGGUCUCCAGCCUGGACUGUGCACCCAUUGCCACCACAGAGGAGGACACUCUCAUGGAGAUGUCUGACGUGCAGGUGUGGCCCUCAGGUAACUCCCCCUCCCUGGUGCCCGUGGAGGACUCCUCGCUGGAGUGCAGUAAUGCCGACGACUCUGAAGGCCUGCUCGGGCUGCCUUAUGGAAGUCUGGGCCGGCCGGCCAGUCAGGCCAGCGCCACCAGCGGAGGGGGCGGCGUGCUCAGCUCGAUCGAACUCCCCGAGGACGAUUCCGAAAUGGGCGUCGACUCUCUCAGCACCGCCACGCCGGCCUCGCUCGGCGGCACCAUCGCUGGUAUCAAUCUUAACGGACUGAACAAUGGUCAGGGGUCAGAGGCAAGUUCGGAGAUAUCGGCCAUCACUAGCACGACUGGUGGCAAUGGAGGAGGAGGUGGAGGAGGGACAGGCUCAGAGGAAGGGCAUGCUUUUGUUGCAGGACAACAAAGGCUGUAUGCCCGACUCAGUGAGUCUGCUGGUCUCACCUGCGUUGCAGAUCGCAAUGGAGACAGGUCAGCUAAUGGUGGAAGUGGAAAUGGAAGUGGGAGUGGUUCUUUCAUCUCCUACUUGCAGGAGCAGACAGGCCCAGGAUGGAGCCCUGUCACUGACCCACAGGCCUGGGUGGGCAACCCUCCAAAAACCAGACAGGUCAUUGACACCAUGAUAUCCUCAUGCUGCAACUCUGUGGACGGAGACCAAUCCCAUGUAUCCCAGGAGGCCUUGCUGCAGCCUGUAAGGGACAUGGGACAUUCAGAGAUUUUGCGGGGCCACUUCCGGGGUACUCAACCGUUUGAGAAGGGCUUGGGCUUCCCGCACAGGACCCCAGAGCUGAGGGCCUGGGAUGACACACGCUUCAAAGGACAGGGCGAUGAGGCUGAAGACCUUCAUGGGGAGCAGGUCAGCGAGGAGCAGUUUACAGAUGAACAUGGAAACAUUAUCACUAAAAAGAUCGUGCGAAAGGUUGUGCGCAGAGGCAAGGGCGAAGAUGGCGUUCAGGACGUGAGCGUGGAAGGUUCUCUGCAAGACGCCAACGAGCUAGAAGUAGACGCCGAGCAGUUUAUGAGCUACGCCAUCCUGGGCCGGGAAAGCAGCAAGCCCGAUACUGUGGAUACUAUGAAGAAAGGUGCUCAGAUAGUGAAAUGUGCCAGUCUGCGAAGAGUUAAGCAGUGAGGCAGGCUGAGUGCUGCUUUCCCGCAGAGUUCUCUGCAGGACUCCACCCCAUCACCAAAAACCUCCUACAUGGACACAUGACCAGCAGCAGCUGACACAAACGGAAGAACACUCGCAAACAAAAAAGGCAGAAAGAACGAAAGAAAUGAAUGGCACCAACUCAUUGCUGCUGCACAUACCAGAAGGAAAAAUUUAGUUUUUAUGACCUUUUUAUUUCCAUUUAAGAACCCAGGAGGACAAAGGAUCUACUACUUAACUAGAAAGCAUGAUUUCGUAUAAAACAAAAGAGACAAAAAAACGUAGCAACCUAAAAAGAUGUUUCCUAUUGUCUGUGUCAGCAUGAGCGACUGCCGCCGCAUGGCCUGUCUUUAACCACAAAUAGUGAAGGGGAGGGGGAUGCUUGGAGGGCACAGGCAUGCAAUGCAUUGUGGGCUAUACAUUUGGGGGACACAUUUUCUAAACCAGGGUGACAUUGAGCCAACGUUCCAUCAAAAACGGGAGUGACCAUGCGGAGGUGAACUAUGACCUCUACUCCAGCGAAGAGCCUCACUCACAGGUUGAGCUUCAACCAUCAGCGGAGCAUAUAUUGUGUGUCUUGUACAUAUUAUGGUAUGCACUAAGAUGCUCUCUCUCUCUCUCUCUCUCUUUCUCUCUCUCUCUCUCUCUCUCUCUCUCUCUCUCUCUCUCUCUGUCUCUGUGUGUGGCUGUGUUACAUGUGUUGUUAAAAUGUCACGCCAAUGAUGCUGCUUUUUCUGGACCAUACAGUAUUAUUCCUCCCUCUUGUUUCGCCCAUUCAAUCAGAACCUAUAUUCUAUUAUAUCUCUUUGUGUAUAUACCACAUACUAAUGUGACCUUUGAUACAUAUUCCCCACGCUCUCCGUGUACUUUUGCCUCUCUGACGCGACAUAAGACAUCUUCAGCAACUGUGUUCGGAGGUAAAGUUUGAGCCCUUCUUCAGAGCGGCAAUAAGAAAUAAGACGUUUUAUUAUAUCCUCCCUAUAGAGUCCAAAUACUACUUUCAACUAGUGCUGUCAAAUGGUUAAUUUUUAUUAAUCAUGAUUACCGUAUUUUCCGGGCCACUGAAUUUUAGAAAAAACAUUGUUUUCAUAUAUUAGCCACACCAGACUAUAAGCCA